AUGAUCUCCACCCGUAAUUCUGUUCUUACUACUACUACUACUACUACUACUACUACUACUACUACUACUACUACUACUACUACUACUACUACUACUACUACUACUACUACUACUACUACUAAUCACAUCAUUUUCAUUCCAAAAGUUUAUGAAUACAUCUUCGUAAUGAUUCAUUCUUUUAAUUGCCUAGGUUCCGUCUCUAACCUGGCCACACUCAUACAUGUAAUUUAUUCUGAAAAAUCUAUAAUAACUACAUCUAAACAUUCGAAUGAAUUUUGA